ACCGACGUGGGCCGCGAUGUCCCCACCACUCUUCUUCGUGAUUAAGCGGAGGGACCUCAACCUCAUCCCCUCGACCCGGGUCACUUGGAGGACAUGGCAUCCUCUACGCUCGCGUCGCCUCUCUGGCUUUCCCGCUCUGCUUUCCUUCUAAAAACUUCACUCCUACCUUCGGGAACUAGGGCUUUGACUCGCGGCUUUACAGGACCUCGCCAACCCCCCACCUCCCUCUCCCCCCUCUCUCUGAAGCCCUCUUUCAAACACCUUUCUGCUAUACCAUCAGCUUCUGGCAUCUUUGCUCAAAAAUCCUCGGACUUGGAGCGGAGCUUCGCUCGAGAGGAUGUUGUGAUUCUUGGCAUCGAAACCAGCUGCGAUGAUACUGCCGCGGCUGUUGUCAGAGGCAAUGGAGAAAUUCUUAGUCAAGUUGUGUCUUCGCAGGCAGAUUUGCUGUCACGUUAUGGAGGUGUUGCUCCUAAAAUGGCUGAAGAAGCACAUUCUCUUGUAAUCGACCAGGUUGUACAACAGACACUUGAUAAUGCAAAUUUAACAGAAAAGAAUCUUUCUGCAGUUGCUGUUACAAUUGGACCAGGUUUAAGUCUUUGUCUGCGGGUUGGUGUAUGCAAGGCUCGAAGAAUAGCUGGAAAUUUUAGUUUGCCUAUCAUCGGUAUACAUCAUAUGGAAGCACAUGCUCUGGUUGCUAGGCUGGUUGAGAAGGACCUGCAGUUUCCUUUUUUGGCUCUUCUUAUUUCAGGUGGACACAAUCUCCUUAUUCUUGCCCACGGACUUGGUCAUUAUGUUCAACUUGGGACAACAAUAGAUGAUGCAAUUGGUGAAGCAUAUGACAAGACAGCAAGAUGGCUUGGCCUUGAUAUGAGAAAAGGUGGUGGCCCAGCUCUUGAAGAACUUGCUCGGGAAGGUGAUGCAAACUCUUUCAAGUUCUCAAUUCCUAUGAGACAGCAUAAGGACUGCAAUUUCUCAUAUGCUGGUCUAAAGACUCAAGUUAGAAUGGCCAUCGAAUCCAAAAAUCUAUCUAUAGAAAAUAAUUCCAUUUCUUCUACAAGUAGCCAGGAAAGAAGGUUACGAGCAGAUAUUGCUGCAUCUUUUCAGCGAGUUGCUGUAUUGCAUUUGGAAGAGAGGUGUGAACGAGCAAUUGAAUGGGCAAUGAAGAUUGAACCUUCUAUUAAAUGUUUGGUAGUUUCAGGAGGUGUUGCAUCAAAUCAGUAUGUUAGAACUCGUCUGAACCAUGUUGUUGAGAAGAAUGGGCUUCAACUUGCAUGCCCUCCUCCUAGCCUUUGUACUGAUAAUGGUGUAAUGGUUGCUUGGACCGGGAUUGAGCACUUCCUAUGUGGAAGAUUUGAUCCUCCCCCUCGUGCUGAUGAGCCUGAAGAUUCUAUGGUUCGUAUCAACUCUUUUUGGUUUGACUUGCGUCCAAGGUGGCCGUUGGGUGAGGAACACUCCCAAGGGAAAAGCGAAGCUCGUUCCUUGAAAAGAGCCAGGGUACACCCAUCACUUACAUCCAUCAUACAAGGUUCUGCUCAACAAGAAGUGUAGCUUUGUGAAUUUCUAACUGAUCUGAUAUUUGAACGGUCCACAGGAUGUUCCUGAAAUGGAGGUUAUCAUCUCAAACCACAUCCAGAACACCGGCGGUUACCAUAGCUUGCUCAUGCGGUGCUCUUUGUAAAUUAAGCAGCUGAGGACAGUGAUGAAUGUCUAAUUCAAAAUUUUCUUGUCCUUUUUAUUGGCAGCCAAUAUGAUGAAUACCAUUUAAGAUGUCUUUGUUCAGGAUGUUGCAUCUUUUUAACAACUUCUGUUAAUACUUUCCCUUAAUUAUAUGAGGCACUUGUAUC